CUUUCCAAAAGUGGUCCGUGCACCAACACACGGUUUUGCUCUAUGAGAUCAACACAUGCGCUGAUGCAUGGAGCUCAUAGCUCAUGUUUGGUCACGGAACUUUCCAAAAGUGGUCCGUGCAGCUGGACACAUCAGUGUUGCAGCAGCCAUCACUAGAGAGGAUUCUUCUUCCGGUGAAAGUCUCGUCAUUCUCCAUCUCCCUUCCAAUCUCUUCACACCAGCAAAAGUUUGCCUCUCGGAGCGGACAACUAACUGGAAACUUUCAGUCUUUCCGCCACUGCUGAGUUGAGCUAAAGGCCACAAAGAACAAAAGCCUCACCAUGUCUGGAGAACUCAGGCUGGUUCUGGUGGGAAAUACAGGAGUUGGCAAGAGUGCGACCGGCAACACCAUCUUGGGCAGCGAGCACUUCCUGUCAGAGGUCGGCUUCUCCUCGGUGACCCGCGAAUGUCAGCAGGGAAGCACUGAGCGGCUACUGGACACUGACCAGGAAAGACCAACAAGAGUGGAGGUGGUUGACCUACCAGGCUUCGGGGACACUCACAUGAGUGAGGAUGAGAUAAAUACUAUGAUGGUUAAAUGUUUGGCUUUCUGUACUCCAGGACCACAUGCUUUUCUCUUGGUGGUGCCGAUCGGCCGUUAUACAGAUGAUGUGAACAAGGCUGCGCUAAAUGUGGCCAACAUAUUUGGGGAGGAAGCCCUCAAAUCUCACACCGUGGUUCUUUUUACCAGAGGGGAUGAGCUUAAGGGGAUGAGCAUUAAAGAAUACCUGAGAAAUGCUCCGGCUGACCUUAAAGGUCUGAUCAAAAAAUGUGGCGACCGGUACCACUUGUUGAACAAUGAAAACCCCGGUAAUGUGGCACAGGUUGGACAACUCUUGAUGAAAGUGAAGAAGAUGGCGGAGAAGACUGCAACUGGGUUUUAUACCAAUGAUAUGUUGAAGAAGGUAGAGGCCAUCUUUCGGGAGGAGGGGAGAAUUGCAUUAAGGAAGAAGCUGAAAACUAUAGUGGGUCCCGCCAUUGGCUUGGCUUUGUUGACAGCAUUUGGCGCGGCUGCCCCCAUAAUAGCUGCAGUCACAGGAUGUGUAGGGUUAGCAGUAGGAAUAGGUGCAGCUGUAGGAACAGUCGGGGCGGUGGUCGGUGCAGGUGUGGGUGGCCUCGUUGCCUUUAACCGCGGUCUUGAUGCUAAGACUCCAAUGGAGGACGUUAAGGAAACUCCACUACAGCAGAAACAAAAAUAAAAAUGCAAGUUGCUCAGAAAUAUGCCAGGAAGGCUCAUGUCAGAGCCAGCAAUACAAAAAUGCCAAAGUCAUGUGUGCAUUUGGACCACUUUUGUAAAAAAAAAAAAAAAUUUUUUUAAGUAUGCAAUCAGAUGUUGCCUGUUAUUAAUGUCUUCUUUGCUUUUCAAACCUUUUGAUAUUAUUUAGAGCAGAAAACGAAAACAUUUUAAGACGUUUUAUUUGAAAUAAUAUACCUGCACAAACUUUUUCCCAAUCAAAUGGAAAAUAACCACCUGUCAGAAAUGUAUUCUUUCUAGUCUUGAGGUUCAGGAUUUACUUUCUAAAAUUAAAUAUGCUGAAAUAAUAUGAUUGGAUUUGGAUUAUAUUUGUCUUCUGUUCAUCUUAGAUACAUUUUCCUUGUUUUGUUUGAUUGAAGCAUCAUGGGGGAGUGUUAUAUACAAUCUGCUGCACCUGGGUGGGAACAUGUUUUUCACCAUCGUGGGAGAGGUACAUUAUUUUUGAACAUGCUUAUUUUGAAUUUUGCUUUUCCCCCCAUGAAGUACACGACAACCUUGGCCUUUUAAUUUUCUUUUGGUGAAUGGUUGCAUUUGAAAUUGUAUGUUGUGAUGGCGACCACCAAAUAAAGCAUUCUUAAACCUUC